AUGUCUCUUGAUCCAUUUAAGCUUUCGGAUCCUCCAAUGUCAUCCUAUACUUUUGCCAUUUACCAUCGCGAUAUAUUUGGAAAAUCAAACUUCAAAGAUUUUGAAGACGAUAACAACACUAAAGAAGGUGGAAAUUCAACCUUCACACAACAACAAGUUGCACAAGGAGGUAAUAAGAUCCGCGAAAAGGUCCCAAAAACAACAGGCACAUACUACGCAAAUGGUGAGUAUGUUGCAUCUUUUUUGCUUGGCAGUAGCGAAGUCAGAAGUUUCUUGCUAAUAGAUAGUGAUAGUGAUUUACUUUGGUGGCAAUGUGGACCAUGUGAGGCAAAGUGUUACAAACAAAAACAACCUCUAUAUUCUUCUACUACAUCCAAAACAUUUCGAAAAAUCGAUUGCUUUCGAAAACCUUCAAGCUGCAUGAUUAAAAACCCAAAUUUACAUUGUGAUCAAAAUAGUCAUGAGUGUAUCUAUGAUUUAAAUUAUACUGAUGGAUCAAGAACACAAGGUAUUUUGGCAGAUGAUGUGAUUACUUUUGUAUUAGACCAUCUACCUGUUAGGGUUACAUUUGGAUGUGCUCGAGAUUAA